AUGAAAGCAAAUGAGGUACUUAAGCACAUUUAAGCGAAAAAAUCGCUAAAUAAAGAUGAUCUUAAAAUUAUAUUAAAACUGUCAGAUAAGGACAAAUAGUUUGUGAUAUCAAAGAUCUCCACUACUAGAUAGAAACUAAUUCUGAAAUACUUGGAGGAGCUACCUUUUCUAGAGGAUUCUUUUAACUUUCCAUUAUCAAGAAGAGAAUCUCAUCAUAAUCACAACGUGGGAAUUUCAUCUACCCCUGAUGAUCCAGAAAAAUUAGAUAGCUAAUAAUUAAGUCAGAAACUUAAUAUGAUAUCUCCCUAGUUAAGGCCCUAAGUAGCAAAAUAACCCUUAGCAAAAAUGAGUUGGAUGCAAAAUGUCAAAAAGAUUCAUGAUAAUUUCACCUUUUCAAAUGAUCCUAUUGAGAAUAAUAACAACAAUAAAUUAGGUUUAAAAAAUACAGCUAAUCCCUUGAACCAGGAUAACCUCAACAAUACAAACCAUCAUUAACUUUUUUAGGAUGAGAGUGAUUAAAUUUUAGCUCUAAUAAAAAGGAUCAUGUAUUCUGAAGGAGACCUAUUAAAUCUCAAAGAUGAGUGUGCUCAAUUCCUUAAAGAUGCCAUAUAUGUCUUAUGCAAGCUAUUUAAGACUGAGAUAAAAGAAGAGGAACUUGAGGAAAAGCUAAAAGAAAAGAUAAAAAAGAGAAACUAAAAAGUAAUUAACAAGAAAGAGUUAAAAAAUGAAAAAUUCAAAAAGACUGAGAAAAGUCAUGAUGCACAAGCAAGUACUUCUAAUCAUGCAAAUGGGAGCCAUUCUCACUGCAUGAAUUUAAUAGACAUGCCUCUAACACAAUAUAGAGAUAUUGAAGAGUAUCACGAGGAAGAAGAUUUAGAAGAUCUAGCUGAACAGGCUUAACUGGACGAGGAAUAAGAAAUAAAAGAAUCAGAUUUUUUGACAGAUAUAAUGGGAGAGAUGAUAAUACCUUUAGAAACACCGAAAAAGAAUGAUUCAAUUGAGGAAUCUAAACUUGGCAAUACUAAUAGUAAGCUAAAUUUUCUACUUGAAAAACCACUUUAAACUCCUUAACUCCUACAACACAAAUCGAUGAGUGAGGUACUUAAAGAACUCAAAGAAGAAAACCCUGAUGAAGAUGAGGAAGAUAAACCUGAAGAUAUGAUAUUUGGAGAAGAAUUGCAUUUAUUAGAUCAUGUACCUUAAUCUGCAUAGAAUCAAGAUACUGGAGUGAUGCAUGCUCAUUAUACUAUUUCAGAGUAAGAUAAAAACUUAGCUGAAGAGCGUCGGAAGGAAAGACUAGAGUUCUAAAGUAAUAGAAUCACAACUAUGGAUCAAGAUGAAUAUCUAGCAUUUCAUUAGUGCAGACUUGCAAACUUCCUAAGUCGAGGAAAACAUUUGCUGUGUCACUGGCUUGAUCUUAAUGUCGACCUCUUUGAUAAAAAGGAUUUGGAGAUAUUCUCUUAUGUGCUUAGAAUUAUCCUUGGUAGAAUUGUUGAAUAAGCAGUAAGAAACAGAAACUAGCAGGAAUCACAUUAGUUUGUAUUGAAGCAAAUCAAAACUUCAAUUGAAUUAGAAGAGUAUCACCUGGCAGUAGAUUAAGUUAAAGAAUAAAUGGUGAAAAGGAUUAGGAAUAGAGAGUUAGGCAUUGAAGCAUUCUAGGUCUUUGCAUAAGAAAAUCAAAUAAAGGACUCUCCAGCUAAAGAUAGAAAGAAAAUUCUCUCUAACAUAAAGCAGAAAUGGGACUUACUUGCAAAUUAGCCUUAUUCCAACUUGCAACUCAUCAAUUAGACUACCUAGCAUUAUGGAGUUAGCAAUAGCCAAUGCUAUCAACAGUAAGACUUUAUAAUGAGAGUGUAGGCUGAGGGAAAUGUGAUUGAAUAUCUGAAAUCUGAUAAGUCUAGGGAAUACGAACCAAUAAACUACUAUGCUAAGUUCUUAAAGGACCAAAUCACAAAGCAAACAAGUGAAAGUAAGAACUAAAACACAUAGUUCAAGGUGAAUAAGAAGUUCUUCAAAAACAUGUAUUACAAAGUUUGGAGUGAAAUGAAGGAUGAGGAUAGAUAAACUUACAGAGAGCGACAUCAUUAGUUGUAAAUGCAAUGA